AUGUUCGCCCUACGAGGAAUCGGCAAGCUUAUCUUUGGCUCAAGCGCACAAGAGACCUUGAUCGAGCUUCCCCAAGGCCAGCUCUACCUCGUUCGACCUCUAUCGCCCAAGGGCUACUCCGAACUCAUCUUUCGAGAUUCAGCCAUUCGCAUCCGUCGCACCAACCAAGAAUUCCAAUACCAACUCGUUGUACAGCGUGUCUUUGAGGAGGGUGAAGCUGAACUUCUUGCUGAGGAGGAAGGUGAAGACGCAGAGAUCGACGCCCUUGCAUCCGAGAAAGACGAGAAGACUUUCCUUCUAGACGAAGCUCUAUCCUUCCGUUUCGAGAUUCGAGAGACUGGUGAUAAGGUUCUUGCCUGGAAGGACCUCAGCGGCGAUACCGGUGAUCUCUUCCAGUUUGUUUGCGACUCAUCUGUGACCUCUGCGCAAGUUCAGCAGUUCGUCCGAGUCGCUCAAGAGUGUCAAUACGAACGCAAGUACCGCAAAGCAAGCUCUACUGCUACAGAGGCCGACCUCGAGCAAUUCGAAUUUGAGGAGGAGGACCCUAUUCCACCCGCAAGCCCCCUUCACAGUCCCACACUUGCUCGAUCUAUCGAGUCUGUCGACGAUAUGUUGUCUAAGACCACCGCCAAUUCUGCUGCAAAGCGUGCCCCGGAGGUCGCUCCGGAAGUUGUUCCUGAACAGGAGAUCGAGCCACAGGUCUUGACCGGACCCGAUGCAAACAACCCCCCUGAGGCUUUAGAGAUCUAUGCUGCUGUCACUGCAGAGCUUCAUGUGUUUGAUCCCCAGCCUGGGCAUUUCGCUCUUGUCGAUGAUUCUGUUAUUGCUCAGGUCUCGGAAAUUGGAAAGUGGCAGUAUUGGCUCCAGAUCGAGUCCAGCGCCAAGGCGUACCUGGGUACUCCUGUUGUCGCCGACUUCAACCCUGUAUUUGAUUUCGAAUACCUCUCGUUUGUUUUCAACCACUUCAGCAACGAUGGAACCGCACGAUCCUGGCUGCUCCGGUUCAAGGACCAGCCCACACUUGAGAAGUUCCAGGAAGCUAUCAUGCAAGCUAUCUGGGAGAAGCUCAACGAGACCAAGUGGCAAAAGAUGCAAGAUAAGGAGCGCGAAUACGUUCUCGAUGCCUUUGGCGACCUGACAAUGGAAGACGCCCCUGAAACCGAGGAAGAAGAAGAGGAGGAAGAGGAGGAAGAGGAGGAGGAGGAACUCGAAGACGACCGUGCCCGAGACGAACAAUACGACAGCGAUGAAGAAAACGACAGCAGCUUCCCCAAGAAUGCUGACGGCGAGGUCAACUCCCAACUGGCAGUUGGUUACAAGCACGACCGCUCGUUUGUUGUGCGCGGCUCUAAGAUUGGUGUUUUCAAGCACACGCCUAACAAUCACCUUGAAUUUUCUACCAACAUUUCGAAGGUCACCACUCCAUCAGGUAAACUGAUGAAUCCCAAGAAGGUCAUGUUGCACAGCGAAGAUCGCGAUCUCAUUUUGCAAAACGAGAUUGACCCCAACAAGCUUUACCGCAUGGAUUUGGAAUAUGGAAAGGUCGUCGACGAGUGGAACGUCCAUGACGAUAUUCCUGUCGUUACAUUCGCACCCGAGAACAAGUUUGCACAAAUGACGUCUGAGCAGACCUUCCUGGGUGUCUCAAACAACGCCCUGUACCGCGUUGAUCCUCGACUGUCAGGAAACAAACUUGUAGAUGCAGAGAUGAAACAGUACGCAUCCAAGAAUGACUUCUCAGCCCUUGCGACAACCGAAAAGGGCUACAUUGCUGUCGCUAGCAACAAGGGAGAUAUCCGACUCUUUGAUCGUCUUGGCAUUCGAGCUAAGACCCAACUUCCUGCUCUGGGUGACCCGAUUACCGGCAUUGACGUCUCUGCUGACGGCCGAUGGAUUCUGGGCACCACUAAGAACUACAUUCUCCUUGUUGAUGCUCAGCAAAAAUCUGGCAAGAACGAAGGCAAGCUCGGAUUCGAGAAGGCGUUCGCGGCCACGGAUAAGCCUCAUCCUCGACGACUUGCACUGACCCCUGAGCACGUUGCUCAGUUUUACCAUGAAACUGGCAAGCCCGUUGACUUCACUCCUGCGAAGUUUAACACUGGUGAAGGCGCUGAAGAAACAAGUAUCAUCACCGCCACAGGUCCUUAUAUCAUUGAAUGGAACUUGAAGCGAAUCCUCCGCGGCAUGAAGGCUGCGUACAAGAUCAAGCGUUACGAGGAGGAAGUCAAGGCUGAUGACUUCAAAUUCGGCUCAGACAAGAAUGUCAUCGUCGCAUUGCCUAACGAAGUUAACAUGGUCGCGAAGCAGAGUCUCAAGAAGCCAACCCGUGAGAGCAUCAUUGGUAAUAUCCGACUAGGCGAUUCGCGCAGGGGUUCAUCGCGUAUUGGAAAUCAUGAUAGUGGCAGAUACAAGUUGGGUAAAGACGAUAUUGUCAACGCACCCUAUUAA